AUGUGUCAAGAAUACGCGCAGCCCCUGAUGCAGACAGAAUAUAUGGGGAAAAAAUUGCGAGACACGAGUAGUGGGAGUAUGGAGAGUGGCAGCGUGUAUCUGUUCCGCAACAUGGGAUCCUUUGAGACCAUUUUCGUAGACGACACGAAUCAAGUUACGCUGCACAGCGCUGCACAGCCCACCCGAAGUAUGCCGAAUAUUCUGCGAAGCAGCAACGCGAGGGGGUGCAAAAAUUACAAGACAUUCGUGCUCGCCAAGGACGUGCCCCUCGCGGAGGAUGCAACUGCGUCCUUUGAUUUAAAUGCGGCGUUACCCAGCGACUCGGAGAGGGACGGCAGGUGUAGCAAGAUCGCGUCGCCGAAGUCGCAUCAUCAGAGGAAGCAGGUGCAUCACCCUUUGGACGUGCGAUUCGAUGUGCCGGGUUGGCAUAAUAAUAACAAUACUAAUGAGAAAGGUGAAGAUGCGUCGCAAACGAUCAGCGAAUUGGAAACGUUGCACGCGUCGUUGGGCCGCGAAGAAGGCACCCCAAUGAAGAAGAUGGACAACAAGCACAACAAACACAAAGAGCAUAGGUGCUUGUUUAAAAAGUCGACACGAGCGGUCACUGGCAAAUCUGGCGACAAAAAGACGGCUAAACUAGUGUCAGGCUUUGACACUGGCUCUUCUGUUCUCACCGCGGAAGUAAACAUGGCAGACAGCGCGACCGCGCAAAGUGGUGCGCGUAACAAUUUCCUCGACGUGUUCACCGACAUCGUCGAGGCUGGAAGUCCGGAGUCGGAUGUGUUGGCGGAUGUUUUCUGUGACGAUUUUUGCGAGGAGAACGCUGAUGCGAAUCGCAACAGUAUUGUUGCUAGCAAAUCGACGGAAUAUGGGCAGCAGGAUGCGCUGCAGAAGGAUUCGCUGGGUGGUGAGUUCGCAGCCGAGGAGAACGGCUGGAGGAAGUAUUCGAUGAGCAAAGAAAACAGAUCGAAUUUCCUCCUCGCGUCCGAGGUGCUGUGCACCUGCGCUUGUGCAAACUGCACGAUUUGCGACCGAGAUUUCGUGCUGUACGAAGAUUCUGUUCCGAGUCAUGUGAACAGCGACGCGGAGGCGGAACUGUUCGCGUCCUACGCUUAUGAUUUUUAUACUAGCGACUAUUAUCACGUGUUGGGCGAUAUAGACGGUUUCGACAAGUUUUUCAGCUACGACUUCGGCGAGGACACGAGUGCCGCGAGAGAGAACGCGUGCAACGGCAACGACCUCGUGACGAAAUCGAUCGAGACUGACGUGCCGAUACCUGUGAAACAGUGCGAAUUGAAGAAUUCUCUUUGUACCGAUAAAGCGCAAGAUAUUUGCGUGGAACAGAGUUCUGUGGAACUCGUCACGCUGUCUAACGACUCAACGGAACCGUCGAAACUCGUGGAACGGAUAAGAGAUCUCGACGAAGCGAACUACCUUAAUUUACAAGACUUCUCGAUGGAGGUGAACGAAACGACAUCUCGGAAUCAAGAUACCGCCUCCACCAAUGUUCCCGUCCCUGCCCUCAUUGAUCAGCCGCAUAAGAAGAAGAAAGAUGUAUGUAUUAUCCAGUGUACAGAGUGUAACCGAUUGUUCAGUAAGAAGAAAUUCAGGAAACAUUUUACUCGUUGCACCUUUUACAAGGAGGAUUUCAAGUGUCAUGUCUGCAACAAAAUAUACAGAUACAAAUCAUCGUUAGUACAGCAUCUGAAAGCAAUACAUAAUAUAUCAGACAGUGUCUAUGAAAAGUACUACAUAUGUGAAAAGUGUCAAAAAUCGUACGUUAGAUUUCGUGCUUUCCAAAGGCAUUUACUUACUCAUGACAACUGGUAAGUGCAUGAUCGGACGAUACGAUACAGCAACUGGUUAGUAAUGGUUUGAAGUCUUUUAGACUGCAAUUGUUGUAUCGCGAAAAUCCUACUUGAUUGUCGCGAAAACAUUGUAGUAUUAAUCGUUGACUUGUUCACUAUUAAGUUAAGACUCAAAUAAUUAUUUUAUUAUAGUCAAUAUUUUAUAUUUUGAUCCUCAAUUUUAUGUUCUUUGUUAUAACUUUUUUUAUCGCUUAGAUUUUUUUUACAUUUUUCUGAUUUAUAGUAUAUUAUAGCGUGACAUGUAUUUUUGUUGUACAUCACAUAUUCUUUGGCGAAUUGCAUACAGGCUUUGGUAACAUUUUUCUUUUGGCAGAUUAAAUUAACACGCGUUAAUGCUGAAAAGUAAAAUAUUAUGAAACAAGGAAAUGAAUAAUUUUCCGAAAAGUACGUAUUAAUAUGAAUAAAUCAAAACAAAUUUAGAUUACUUUUUUGCGGUGAAAAGAAAACUUACUGUUUUGUAGUAAGAGAGGAUCAUCGUAGCGAAUUUCCUAACGGUAAUUAAUUUGAUUUUUGAUAAAUUUUGUUUAAGAAAAGUCAAGUUUAAAUUCCUCAAAGAAUAUGCGAUUGAAAGAGGAAAGAUAGGAAAAGAAUAUAGUGUAAUCAUAAGUAAUUUUUAUUUAUAUCUAUUUUUAUAGAAAACUCAAAUAUUUUACUAUUUUUCUUUUUAUGUCUCUCUUGUAGUCCUAACUGGAAGCAACUAGUUACUAAUUAGUUUAUUAUGUAAAUACUGGUCAGAUGUAAGUGAAUAAUUUUUUUUAAUUUUCUGACAUAUUAUCGUAACAGAAUAUUACUUUUAGAACAUCCAUGCUUUUAUAAUUAUUUUCUUUGCAAUCUGGCUAGUAUAAUAUAUUGACCAUUUAUCAAUGAUCCAUUAGCUGUUAUUUACCAAUAAUAGUCAUUUAUUUGAUUGCCAUAAGAACAGACAAAUAGGACAACGAUUUCAUCAAAAUCUAAGAGUAAGCAUAUCGAGGAGAGUACGUAUUAAUAUGAAUAAGUCAAAACAAAUUUAGAAGAUUACUUUUUUGGUGAAAAGAAAACUUACUGUUUUGUAGUAAGAGAGGGUCAUCGUAGCGAAACUCCCAGCGGUAAUUCUGCAGGGUCUCCUUGAACGUGCUAUUAACAAUAUAAUAGGUCGAGCGUAAUUCCGCGGGAAAUUGAUCCAUUCUAGGUUAUACGCCGUUCUUCCAAUAUUUUCACUCUUCAGUCGUCAUGCACAAGAAUUACGUUAUUUAGUUAUUAAAUUAUAGAAGAUUAAAUAAUUUUGUUAGAAUAUUUUAUUAUUUUACGUGUCUCAAAGUAAAUUGCGAACUCAAGUAUAACUUGCUUUAUCUACAAUGGUGGAAUAGAUUAUCUCUUUCUGUUUAUUAAUAAAAUCUUUUCUCUCUGUUUAUUAAUAAAAUCUAAUUUCCAUGUUAUUAUUGUUACCUUCACGGUAUUAACGUUACUUAUGUAAGCAUAAACUUAGCGAAAGAGAGAAAAAUAGAAUAGUAAUGGCACUCAUGAGUUACCUUCUCGAUAACACAGUCUCCAACAUAGCAAUAUAUGAAAAUAUAGAACGUAAAUGUUAUCCAAUAUAUGAGGAACGUGAUGAAACCGGUGAUAUUGCUGUCGCGAGCAAACUGAAACAAGAAAUGUUCUUGCUCAGACAGCUUAAUGACACAUAUUCAUAUGUGAUGUAUGAAGAUAUGUAUCAUUUAUAAAAAAUAUAUGGAAAAUGUGAUACAUUG